GGUGUUAAUUGUGCCGAGAGUUGGGGGUGCGUGCAGUUUGGUGUUUGUCGCGUCUAAUCUCUGUGUGGGUGGGUGAGUUUGAGGACGUUUGACUUGGUGGGAAAUGAAUAAAGUGUGUAUGUGUGUGUGUGUGUGUGUGAGAGAGAGAGAGAGAGAUAGAGAGUGCGCAAGGGGGGAGGGAGUGACUGUGUUGUGUGCGCCUGUCUCACUGAAGCCCCCUGGCAGAGAGAGCGAGCAAACACGCUCUGUGUGUGUGUGUGAGAGAGAGAGAGGAGGGUUAUGCGUGAGCUCAUACGAACGUACGAGCGGGGCAUGAGAAAUCCUCUGGAAAAAAGACGGAGCGGUUGAAAAGGUUUAGCUCGAGAAACUGGGGCCACGGCGAGAUGGCAAGGAGAGGACGCGGACCAUUUGUCUCCCUGCUUUGGAUUUUAUAGUUGUUGUGUUUGUGAGGACUGGUGGGAAUCAUCUAGCAAGUUCAAAAAGGAGGGAGCAUCUGAGAAUCAGGAUCUGCCCUGUGGAGCUCCAGACUCCACUGGGACACAGGUUGGGGAAAUACUGGACGCAGAGGCAAAGGAAUGAGGAACCGCAGAUGCUUUGUUGUUGUGUGAUCUGAGCGGCUGAGACCUGGUCUCUCAGGGGUCGCCCACGUUUACCUCAGGUGUCUGCCCACAACUGAAGAUCAGCAAGGUUACGUCCAGAGGGUGGCUGCGCUGACUUAACUACAGCCAUGCUGUGUGGUCUGAGGAGAGACACCAAGAGCUGCAUUGAUGACGGACCAUACUCCAAGGGGAGCAAGGAGUCAGGGGCAAAUGACCAAUCACAUUCGUCCCGGAGGCGCAGCCUUUCAGCAGAGGAGUAUCGAGGAGUGACCACGGUGGACCUGAUGAAAAGGGAAGGCAGCAGCCUUGGCCUCACCAUCUCCGGAGGCUCCGACAAGGACGGCAAGCCCAGGGUGUCAAACCUACGGCCAGGUGGGCUAGCUGCCAGGAGCGACCAGCUGAAUGUCGGCGACUACAUCAAGUCAGUGAACGGCAUCAACCUGUCAAAGCUUCGGCACGAUGAGAUCAUCAGCCUGCUGAAGAACAUCGGGGAGCGGGUCGUGCUGGAGGUGGAGUACGAGCUGCCCCCGUUCGUCCAGACCCCUUCAGGAGUUAUAACCAAAACCAUAGAGGUGUGUUUACACAAGGAGGGAAACAGUUUUGGGUUUGUCAUGAGAGGCGGUUUCCACGAAGACUGGCGCAGGUCUCGCCCUCUGGUGGUUACCAGCGUCAGGCCCGGGGGCCCGGCUGACAGAGAGGGCACGCUGAAGGCCGGAGACCGGGUGCUCAGCGUAGACGGGAUGCCUUUGAACAGGGAGAGGCAUGCUGACGCUCUGACCAUGCUGAUGCAGAGCGGCCAGGAAGCUCUGUUCCUGAUCGAGUAUGACGUCUCUGUCAUGGAUGCAGUGCAUCAAGCCUCAGGCCCUCUGCUGGUGGAGAUAGUGAAAGGUCCCUCAACCACCCUGGGGAUCAGCCUCACCACAACAAUAUACAGGAACAAACAAGUUGUUAUUAUUGACAAGAUAAAACCAGCCAGUGUGGUGGAAAGGGGUGGAGCGCUGCAUGCGGGAGACAUCCUCCUGUCCAUAGACGGGACCAGCACAGAGCACUGCUCCCUGAUGGAGGCGACACAGCUGCUGGCCAACGCCUCUGAAACUGUUAAACUAGAGAUUCUUCCCGCCAGUCAGAGCAGACUUCCCAUCAGGCCUCAAGACACGGUCAAAGUGCAGAAAAGCAACCAUCACCACUGGGACCAGAGCAGCAACUACUGCCACCCCCCGCAUGCCAGCCACGGCAAAACAUGGAGCAGCCCGAGCCACCCACACAACCAGCAGGACCACUGCAAAUCCCUGGUGAGCGGUGGCUUCUCGCCUUCCUCCACAGCCACCUCGGGCUUCAGCAGCCAGGGGAGCAACACGCUGCCCUGCCCCGCCCCUCCCGUCGCUCCCACCAGCCCUCGCACCUCGACCGGCAAGAGGAGGAACAGGAAGAAGGACCACAAGAGCUCAUUGUCUCUGGCGUCCAGUUCCGUUGGGCCGGGGGGCCAGAUUUUUCAUGUGGAAACGAGCGAGGUCGUCCUGAGGGGGGAUCCGCUCACAGGUUUUGGGAUCCAGCUGCAGGGGGGUGUCUUUGCCACAGAAACCCUGUCCGCUCCCCCAGUCAUCCGCUUUAUUGAGCCCGACAGCCCGGCUGAGAGGUGUGGGCUGUUGCAGGUUGGAGACAGACUGUUGUCCAUUAACGGGAUACCGACUGAAGAUGGCACUCUGGAGGAGGCUCAUCAGCUGCUCAGAGACUCUGCUCUGUCUAAUAAGGUCACAGUGGAGAUCGAGUUUGAUGUCGCAGAGUCGGUGGUUCCCAGCAGUGGCACCUUCCACGUCAAACUACCCAAGAGGAGAGGAGUGGAGCUGGGCAUCACCAUCAGCUCAAGUAAGAAACCUGGCAAGCCCCUCAUCAUCUCCGACAUCAGGAAAGGAAGCAUAGCACACAGAACAGGAACUCUGGAGCCUGGAGACAGGCUGCUGGCCAUCGACACUGUGCGCCUGGAGAACUGCACCAUGGAGGACGCCAUGCACGUCCUGCAGCAGGCCGAGGACAUGGUCAAACUCCGAAUUCAGAAGGAUGAGGACAACAUCGAUGAGUUGGAGAUGUCCGGGUCUAUAAUCUACACAGUUGAGCUGAAGAGAUACAACGGACCACUGGGCAUCACAAUUUCUGGCACGGAGGAGCCCUUUGACCCCAUCGUCAUUUCUGGCCUCACCAAGAAAGGUCUGGCUGAGAGGACCGGAGCCAUCCAUAUAGGAGACAGGGUCCUGGCCAUCAACGGGGUCAGCCUGAAAGGAAAGCCACUGAGCGAGGCCAUCCACCUCCUGCAAAUGGCCGGGGAGUCCGUCACCCUCAAGAUCAAGAAACAAGCUGACAAGUCUGAUAGCCGGUACCCUCCCGACAGAGAAGCCGGGUUUUUAAGUGACACAGAGGACGACCUAACGGACUCUCAGAAGACCAGUAAACACUCGGAGGUCUACUCUGCCACCGUGCCCAGUAUAGACUCUGCCAUGAGCUCCUGGGAUAGCUCAGGGUUCGAUGCAGGCUACGGUAGCCAAGGCACGUACCUUCACAAAGCGUCUGACAUACUACUCAAUCCACACGACUGGAGGCGCACGAAGCACAGGAGCCAGACCAGUUCCAGCUCCGCGGGCCUCGUCCACCACACGUCGCUGUAUGAUGGGAGAUACACUGAGGAUGAGUGGGAUAAGAUACCUGGAUUCGUCAGCCCCCCUCAUUGCCAAGGCACCCUUAACCAGGAGGACAGCUUCUGGUCCCAAGCUCUGCAGGACCUCGAGACCUGCGGACAGUCGGAGAUUCUCAGGGAGCUGGAGGCGUCCAUGACAGGUAGCGCUCUAAGUCUUUAUCUCGAGGAGACAAAGACCAAUGAAGACUCGAUGUUUCGCUCUGAAGUCAGUCCCAUCAAGAUGGAACGAAUCCACGGCGAGACAAAGACCAAAAGCAGCAUGAGCAUGUCGACCAGAGACGUACAGCCCAGGGUCAAAGGGGACCCCUCAGAAAUCCUGUCCCCUACAGCUCUGGCACUGCACAAGGUGACAUUAAGGAAGGACCUUGAGAGCCGUGACUUUGGUUUCAGUGUGUCAGACGGGCUCCUGGAGAAAGGCGUUUACGUAAAUAUGAUCCGACCGGAUGGCCCGGCUGACCAGGCAGGGUUAAAACCCUUCGACCGCAUUCUUCAGGUGAACCGUGUGAGGACCAGGGACUUGGACUGUUGUCUAACUGUGCCCCUAAUUAUGGAGGCCGGAGACAGCCUGGACUUGGUCAUUAGCAGGAAUCCUCUGGCGGACACCGAGCUGCCCAACGGCUGUGACGAGCCGCCAAACUCACUGUUCUGCUUUCCCGGCCACAAGACCAACAGCAUCGCCCUGUGACCGCCGAGAUAGACAGCGACUGUCAGAAACGCUACAGAGACCCCCCCCCCCCCCCCCCCCCCCCCACGCACACACACCCCCCUUUCCCACCCAUGUCACACAUGGUUAAGCCUGCUACAUUGUACUCUCAGACAGACCUUCACACUCAUGUUCAACACGCAGGGCGUUCACAUAAACCGCCACUCUCUCCGCCUGAAAGCAUUUCUCACUCGCUCACAAUGUAGCAAGUGUUCACCAUCGCCAGUUUUAGUCACUGUGUUCACAUGAUGCAGUUCAUAGGAGCCCCCCCACCCCGUCCCCUCCUUUCCUGGGGGCAAAGCCACAUGCUGGCUUAUAUAACAGGGGAAUCAUAGCUUCUGAUGGAGCCAAGAUGUCAACACACAUGCCUCAGCUCUGGAGACAAAUGCUACACACUUACACUCCAUACUAUAGUAUUUAUUUCUCUUUAAAGAACCAUUCUCUGGGUUUUUUUUUUUUUUUUCCUUUUCAUUCGUUAAAAACUUACAAGCUUUGGUUUAUGUGCAUACAAAAAGCUCACACAGACAAACAGGGUGUUGGUGGACUCAAGGUUCAAGGCACAUCGCACCUAUUCGAGUUAUUUAAACCGCAACUUGGCUCACUGCCCUCGUUUCCAGUUUCUCCUGCCCUAGAGAAAGGACAGUGCCUCCAAAUAGACAGAAUGCUCCCAGAUACUUGCCAAAUAUCACGAACUGCAUUUUAUAGCCCCUUUAUAUCUUAAUACCAUGAAUGCUUACAAAGACACUUCACCCUUUCUGUUUUAAAGUCGACGAAUGGUCGCAGAAGCUCAGUGCUUAUUCGUUUGUUUUAAAUUGCUCCUGUGUUGAGAUGUUUUCAACUUCACAUUUUGUUUAAGGUUUUAGGGACACAGCACAUAUCCCACGUGAUCUUCUUGUAGAUCAAAUCUCACCUUCACAUUCUCACUUUUACCGCAGGAGCCUGACUUUGCACCAGAAUGACUUAUGGGGUUUGCUGGUUAUCUGUCACGUUGUUUUCCCAAAGCGGAGGAUUAAAAGGCCUUUCGUUAUCUGUGAUGAAUGAUUUCGCGCCACAGUUUGGUUUAUUUUCUUGUAUAGGCACGGUAAGCAUGCAUAAGGGUUAUGCUCAGUGAGUAGCUCUUCAGUCUAAUCAAAAAAACCUUCUUGUUUCAACAGGAUCUUUGUGAGAAUUCUCCUUUUUUUUUAUCAUAACAUAAGGUUUUUAUAAAGCGUUUGCGUAGGAAAUGUGACAUGCUGGUCCAGCUGACUCUCUGGAAAUUAACAUUUGUUUCAUUUAACAAGCUGGCUGAGGUGAACACGUGAGACAGUUGCACUGUCCCGCUGAGAGCAGCCUUAGAGACGGAUUCAUCCUUGGGACAGUAACCUAUUGAGUUCAUACUCAUGUCAUCUAUUAAAUGUCACACUGUAUAAAAACGGCCUAUUUUUAAGGUUUUACAAGGUUCCAUCAUUUCCUGUAAAAUCCAUGAUGUUAUGCAGUGCUCUGUUUUUAUUUAGAGAUCAUGCACAUACAGUGUAGUAUCUUCAUGUAAGCUGUGAUACUGAAUGUGGCUGUGCAUCUUAAUUUUGUUUCUUCAUCCUCCCUAAAUAUCAGGAAUCCGUUCGAGAGAACUUGAAAUAUUUAUUCGAUAUCGUUUUAUUUUUGUUAUUUAAUUUAUUAUCAAGUAAGAAAUGCAUUUCUUUUUAUGAGAAUAAAGUUAUGAGACGGUU